GUAUGAACUGAUCCCAAAUAUUUCAAUUUUUUUUUAAAAGAAAAAGAAAAGGAAAACUGAAUAAAAUAAAAAUAAAUAAAUAAAUAAAUAAAAAGAGGGGAAAAAAAAAUCAAAGCCGGUUUUAGAGAAAGAAAAGCAGAGAAGAGGGAACAAGUUCAAUGGGGGGAAAUGUUGGCGCGGAGACGAUGACCAAGAAGAAGAAAAAGAAGGGGCGUCCGUCUCUCCUUGAACUCCAGAAGCGUUCUCUCAAGCAACAACAGCAGCAGCAACAGGAAUCCGCCAAUCUCACAAACCCUAGCUCCCUCAAUUCCAACCGCCGAUCCACUCGGCGGAAUCCUAAUUCGGACGGAUCUUCUCCGGGAGGUGAGGGGAUUAACACCGGCGGGGAUGAUGAUGAUGAGAGGCAGCAGAAGAAGCACAAGCUGUUGCACGGCCUCAAUUCCAGAGGUAUUCAGCAGCAUUAUCCAAUUAAUUCUUCGGUUCUGAAUUCCAACGCGUACGGAUCCGAUUCAAAUUUGGACGGCGAGGAUCCGGAGGCAUCGGCGCUCAAGCGACGGAAGAUCGGCGCUGUUGCUUCUGGAUCUAAUCAAACGGGAGAAAAGGCUUUGAAAGCGACUGACACUCUUCAUGGGUCACUGGUGGAGUCCGGCCCCACGACACCUUUGCCAGACAAAAAGUUGUUGGUCUUCAUUCUUGAUAGGCUUCAAAAGAAGGAUACUUAUGGAGUGUUCUCUGAACCAGUGGAUCCUGAAGAGCUUCCUGAUUACCAUGACAUUAUUGCAAAUCCUAUGGAUUUUGGUACAGUGAGGAAAAAACUUGAUGGGGGAGCUUAUAUGUCCUUGGAAGAAUUUGAGAAAGACGUAUUUUUGAUAUGUUCGAAUGCAAUGGAGUAUAAUGCACCAGAUACUAUUUACUUUCGACAGGCACGGUCGAUGCAUGAGCUGGCUAAAAAGGAUUUUGAGAAUUUGAGGCAAGAUAGCGAUGAUAGUGAACCUCAGCCAAAAGUUGUGAGGAGAGGAAGACCACCAGGAAAGAGCAUAAAAAAAUCAUUGGAGCCAUCUUCUUUGGAGCGUGUUGCUUCUGAGUUUUCAUCAGAUGCAACCCUUGCUGCUGGAGGGGAUGCUCCCAAUUGGCAAAAUAAUUUGAGGAGAGGAACUAAUUCAUACAGGCUCCGGCCUGCUGAAACAUUAGUCAGGCCUUCCUAUGCUUCCCACAACCAUGAGACAUAUAGCAACUGGUCAUCUGAAUGGGAGAAUGAAUUUCCAGCUUCUGUUGUGAGGGCUGUGAUGAAGUAUGGAAUGAAACAUUUUCCAGUUGAUGAGAACAAGCGUGACACCUAUAACAAUUCAUUGAAUUCUGGAGAUGAACAGUUUCUCUUUGGCACCUUGGAUGGAAGAUUUAAACAACUAAUUCCGGUUGGUUUAUAUGAGCAUGGAUAUGCAACAAGUCUGGCACGAUUUGCUGCAAAUCUUGGGCCUGCUGUUUGGAAAAUUGCUUCAAAGAAAAUUGAAAGGGUUUUGCCAAAUGGAGUCCAGUUUGGCCCUGGAUGGGUAGGAGAAAACAGGGACAAUGAGCAGCAGCAACUCAUAAUUUCUGAAAAGGAGAAAUCUUCAAAUAACUCUCAAUCUGAUAACCAUUCAACCAGACAUUUUUCUCCAGCUGCUUCAGGUUCAAACUCUGUUCUAGUCAGUAGAUUUUCUUCGCAAGGUGGAGAGGAUGCAGAAACUGCUAGAGUGCUAAAUUCUCAAAGUGAGUCAAGUUCACAAUACAAUAGAGUCAGUGAGACAAAACCUGUAUCUCCUCACAAUUUUCAGCAAAGACCUCACCAGUCUGAUAUGAAUGGUUUUUGUGGUGGAUAUGGGGUAAAUUAUUCUUCUCAAAUGGGAGUGGCAACACCAACAGGGAAUUCCAGGUCCAACAAUCCUACAGUUCCCUCUCAAAUGUAUGGCAUGGUUUCCGAUGGCAUCCCUGCUAUUAGCCCUCGACCUGCAGCUGAUUCAGGCAGAUUACAGUCUAGUAAUACAAUGGCCCCAAGCUCUGACUCUGCAUCACAUGCAGCAGCUGAAGUUGGUCUUCAGGGGAAACCAUCAUGGCAAGGACUAUCACCUUACAAUAAACAGGACUUACAUCCAUUUCCACCUGAUCUAAAUGUGCGAUUCCUUGCACCAGGUUCACCUAGUUCAAGUCUGCGGAUUGGUUCACCCCAGCAGCCAGAUCUGGCAUUGCAGCUCUAAUAAUGGAUUCCAUUAAUUCAAUUAAACAUUAAGGUAAGCUCAUUAUUAGGUAUAGACAUUUUUCUUGUAUAUGAACUACAUUGUUGGGCUACAUGCUCCCAUCUUUCUAAUUCAGUGGUUUACUGAGUAGCAUUGCCUCAUGGAGUUAUAAGGUGAGAUUGUAGGAAAGGUUCUGUACAGAUUGACCUAUCUACAUUUUUUUUCUCAAGGUUAAAAUCACAGGUAUUUACAUGUUAUAUUCGACUUCUUGGUAUUUAGAUGUCUUGAAUAAGGGAUAUUAUUUUGAAAUUUCAGGAGCAUCAAAGAGUAUUUAAUAACGUUAAAGAGUUUUC